GCAAUGCUCCGAUUGGUUCUUCAACUUAAAUAUCCAUUUAUAUUUACGGCAACGUUAAUUCGUUGACGUGAGAGGGAAGCCAAAUGUUCCGACUUCCGUCAACGGGCGCAACUAGCGCGGCGCGAUGAUUGGACUUUCGGCCGCCAUUGGUAGCCAUAGCAACCGCGAAUUAUGGCUGCUCGGUUAACAGUUUGCUGCUGAAUGAUAGCUACGCAAAAAGGUAAUCAAAUACGUGGCGUCCUGAGAAAUUGUCUUUGCCUUUGGUUCCCGAAUGCGAAGAGCAUGACACGCUGCCGAUUUCGGUGGCGUGCGAGUGCGCGUUUGAUAUAAUGUUCGUGGCUGUCACGUGAAGAAAAGCAGUACGAAAAUUUCCGAGUGGUCGGACGUGUGGAUGAAGGAUGAAUCGAUACAUAACGUUGAACCAGUUGGGCGACGGAACCUUCGGUUCCGUCGUCCUCGGGGAACGUAUCGAUACGGGCGAGAAGGUCGCUAUAAAAAGAAUGAAGAGAAAGUAUUAUUCCUGGGAAGAGGCUAUGAAUUUACGAGAAGUGAAGUCACUGAAGAAACUCAGUCACGCGAACGUUGUAAAGCUCAAAGAAGUUAUACGGGAAAACGACGUACUGUACUUCGUUUUUGAAUAUAUGAAAGAGAACCUCUAUCAGUUAAUGAAGGACAGAGAUAAAUUAUUUCCCGAGCCGGUGAUACGGAACAUGGUGUACCAAGUAUUGCAAGGUCUCGCUUUUAUGCACAAACACGGUUUCUUUCAUCGUGACAUGAAGCCGGAAAAUUUGCUGUGUAUGGGGCCCGAAUUGGUGAAGAUCGCCGAUUUUGGAUUGGCGAGAGAGAUUCGCUCGAGACCUCCUUACACAGACUAUGUAUCGACUAGAUGGUAUCGUGCACCAGAAGUGUUGUUACACUCCACGACUUACAACAGUCCUAUUGACAUUUGGGCAGUCGGCUGCAUAAUGGCCGAGUUAUACACGUUCAGACCGCUGUUCCCUGGCAAGAGCGAGAUCGAUGAAAUAUUUAAGAUAUGCUCCGUAAUCGGGACACCCGACAAGGACGACUGGUCAGACGGAUACCAAUUAGCUUCGGCUAUGAAUUUCAAAUUUCCAAAUUUUACGCGCACAUCGUUGGGCGUUUUGAUUCCAAACGCCAGUCAAGAGGCGGUGAUACUCAUGGAGGAUAUGUUGCAGUGGAAUCCCAUAAAGAGACCGACUGCUCAGCAGUCUCUCAGAUAUCCAUAUUUUCAAGUCGGCGAUCCGCGUAUAAUUAACAGUAAAAAGAUCGGCGUGACGUCGCAACGGGAACUCGCUAUGAAUAAAAUCAAUCUUCCACCAACCGUGUCGAAGCAGUACAAUUAUUCUCCGCAAGACCUCGUUAAUAGUCUAGUUCAGUCGAGAGCCCCUGAGAAGAUGGUCGUUCAGCCGCAACAACAGCCAGCGGCUUUGCCAUUACUAAAUCACAACAAUCACAAUAAUCAUGACAACGACAACGCGAAGUGGGAAGAGGACUUCGCCGAGCUUUUGGGAAGCAAGGUCGUCCCGGAGAAUCCAAACACAAUGCUCGUGCCUGAUCGGCUGUACAAGGAGAAUCAUGCCAAUUGGAACGCCAACUAUCAGCAGCCCGACAGUCUGAAGCACAGCAAUGCGAAUUGGUCGUUACCGAUGUGGAAGGAACCGUCGUCGAGGAUGUGGAACAAUCAGUCGAAUCAAUCGAAUCAGAAGAGCUCGCGCAAAGUUUCGGCGAAACAACACUACCUCAGUGUGGCUCGGUACGUCGCAGGCCAGAGCACAAAUUUGUCGUCCAGAAACGGGGAUUCCGAUAUCAAUCGAUCGAGACUGCUGUUGAAUGGGCUCAUCGGUCAGGGAGCCUCCAACAAAUACGAUGACUUUACAGAGUCCUUCUGGGCGCCUAGGGAUAUCGAGAAUCAAACGAGACAACAUUAUCUCGCGCGAAAUCGUUAUAUCGCCGAACAAAGCUUGAGGUUACCUUACUCCAGCGUGUAUGGUACGCAAAGCAUCAAAGCCACCAAUAAGCCGACGUUUCAACCAAACUUAUUUGGAAACGUCUUCAACGCGAAAAUCAGCGGCGGACCUCACGGCCGAACGGAUUGGGCAGCGAAGUACCUUAAAUGACCGUUGUAGGAAAAAGUCGUUCUUCUCAUCACUACUUGACGAUCCGUCAUCUUGUGCCCGUUCUCUUAGGCGAUUCUCUUGACUGUGAUAGAACGAUCACUGUCGUUCCACUUGGACAUUGAAAUGCGCAAAGGAAGAACACACGUUUUACUUCCGCGUUGCGGUUUUACGAAAGUAACGUCAUACUUUAGAUUAAAACAGGCAGCAUGAUAUUUCGGGGCAAAACGGGACGUAGUAUCGGGGUGUCGGACCCAUCUACGAGUACUGUCGCAAAUAUAUCACAUCGCAGAAUUCCAUAUAACUGCGAUUUAGCCGAAUAUGUAGAUUUCUCUAAUUGUAAGCUCCUUAUAUUUAGUGAGAGAGAGAGAGAGAGAGAGAGAGAGAGAGAGAGAGAG